GAAGAUCUCGUAGAUGAAGAAGGCGAUCUAGAAGAUGACGAUCAGCUAUUUGUCCCUCAACCACCAACACCUGACCUGCUGAAGAGUACGAGGAGGGAGCGAGCUGAUGAACAUGCAACAAGUUGUCAUGGAUCACCAGAAACACAAAAACGAAGAUUUGAGAAAAAUAUUCGUAGGGAGAAGCGACGUAGUUACACCACAAGCAUUUUAAUAUCACCCAAUGCUGAACGCCCGAUUCCUUUAGCUAGGCAAAAAUCUUUGGAAGAGAACACUGCCUUAAAUAUACACGCUGGAGACGUCACGGUAGAAGUUUCUAAGGGCCAAUUAUUUUUGGAUAGGAAUAGAGAUGGUAAAGGUAUUCAACGACGUCAGUCGACCAAAGGUACAUCUUUGGAAGAGAACACUGCCUUGAAUAUACACGCUGGAGACGUCACGGUAGAAGUUUCUAAGGGUCAAUUAUUUUUGGAUAGGAAUAGAGAUGGUAAGGGUAUUCAACGACGUCAGUCGACCAAAGAGUAUUCGUCUCAGGACCUCGACUGUAACUCGGCCUACAAUAAGGAAUGCGCAAAGGACUCGGCGCACAUCAUCAGUCUACAUAACGUCGGCGAUCUGUUUCCCGGCACCGAACAAGAUGUAUCGUACGUCUAG